UAUAAAUAUAAACUAAUUUUAUUUUUAUAUAGAUGGUUUAUAGAUUUUUGAUAGUUUCAAUGGUUUUUAUCAGUUUAACAACUCUGAGAUUCAAUCUGGCUACGUAAGAAUGUUCAUGGUCGAACUAGUUAUAAUAUCCAAUCCGGCUACGUAACUGGUUCAUGGCCGAACCUGAUUCAACUAUUGGUCCGGUUUAAAAAACAAUGCAAUUUAGAAAAGCCAAUAAGUAAGUGGUAGAAUCGUAUUACAUAAUCAAGUAAUAUAAAUCUGUAGUAUGAGACUAGAAUUGGUUGUUAAUAAAAGGAUACAAAGCAAAAUGAUAUUAGUAGGCUCAUGUAAUUGGGCCUAAACGUAAGGGCCCAACCCAAAACUGUAACUAUUAACUUCAUCUCCGACAAGGAAACGCUGCCCGUCUCGCCGGCGACAUUUAAACGUGGCGGCAAGGAAGUGAAAAAAAAAAAAAGAAGAAAAAAAAAAACAAAAAAAAAAUAAAGAGAAAGAGAAGAAGGGAGAUGAGAGAAAAAAUGGAGGAGAUAAAGAUUUGGGAGGCUAAACAUAACUUCCACAUAUACCCUUCUUCACUUAAAGCCAAUCCACACACUUCAUCUCUCUCGAAACCCUUCUUCUCCCUCUUCUCCUCAACUCCAUCUAGGGUUUUUCCUCUCCUUCGUCUCGCCGCACGUAACUUAAUUCUUUCAAAGGCUGUCUUGAAAUUUGAAGAUUAUGGAGCCAGCCUCUGAAGGUUCUCCCUCUACUUUAACUGGCUUUAUGGAUAAGAGAAAGAGAAGCCCUUUGAUUCGUCGACCCCGCGACGUUAAAGAGAGCUUUCAUAGUUUAACUUCUAAGCCACCCUCAACACAGGCAAACGUUUCUCCUAGUAAUGAAGAUAACCCAAGUUUAAACACAUUGAAACUGAGGCUUAAGCUUGGAGGUGGUGUUACUCGUACUAUCCAAACCAACUCAGAUGCAAGCAUUUAUACCAAAUCCACGAAAACUAUGCGUCUAGGAGAGAUAAACGGACCUCGAGUGAAUCCCUCUGAGGCUGUGAGAGGAGCAUCGAUGUCUGAGAAGAGAAAACAAGGUCUUAAGAAACGUCUGUUGGAUCCAGAACAAGACAGUGAUGAUGAGGAGAUUAGAUACCUGGCAAAGCUGAAGUCUAAAAGGGUCCCAAGGGACCACAUCAAUGUGGAAGACAAACAUGAUGUCACUGAAAGGGAUAAGCUCAGUAUGGAAGGGUCAACUAGUGGACACAUUCCUACUACACGUACUCGAGCUCUCCAGUCUGUAAAAGAUCCGUAUUCUUCCAACGGGUCGGGUCCUCUUGAGUUUCCUGAUGGCUUACCUUGCCCCUCUUCUAAAAGACAAAAGCAGAAGCUUUCUGAGGUAGAGCAACAAUUCAAGAAGGCUGAAGCUGCUCAGAGACGGCGAAUACAGUCUGAGAAGGCUGCCCAAGAAGCUGAGGCUGAAGCUAUCAGGAAAAUACUGGGGCAAGACUCAGGGAGAAAGAAGAAAGAGGAGAAGAUUAAAAAACAACAGGAAGAACGAGCUCAGGAGAGAGCUACAAGAUCCACCACACUCCCAUCAGACACUAUCAGAUUGGUUAUUGGUCCAAGUGGAACAACUCUGACGUUUUCUGAAGACAUUGGUCUUCCUGAUAUCUUCAAACCAAUUACUCACAGUUAUCCUCCUCCGCGUGAGAAGUGUGUGGGGCCAAAUUGCGAGAAAGCAUACAAGUACAGAGAUUCAAAGUCGAAGCUGCCACUUUGCAGUCUCACUUGUUACAAGGCUAUUCAAGCGAAGAUGCAACAACAACCUUUGAUUCAUUGCUAGUUGCUUAACUGAUUUUUUGGUCGUAAUGUAUUAUUAUGGACACAGUUGUUUCUUAACAUGAACAAAAACUUUCACCUAAUUUGUUCAAUGAAACAUGGAGUUUGGAUUGCUGUGCUUCUAAGAAUUGAAAUGACUUUCAGUUUAUACU